AGAGUCCCCGAUCACUCACGACGACGGAGCUCUCCGUAUAUCUCACCUUACUUCCCUGUUUUCCUUCCACUUGGUAUGUUACUAGAUUGUUAUGCAGAUGUCCCAUCUCCCCCGUCACUUAACUAAAACAUUCCAUACCGGAGGAUAACUCCAUAGACAUUGCGUUCAAUUUCACUAUUCGACAAUGGACACCUCGACUUUCUCUGUAGAGAAGAACUCGGAGAAUCACGCAUCAAUUGUGACUCUGAGCCCAUCAAUCUCGACCAUAAAAUCACUCUUGCCAGUCUUUCUUGAUCGCUCUACAGAUGAAGCUUCCAUGCACGACGUCGUCGGGUCCAUGACGGUCGAGGUUGUGCGUGUCGCGAAGGAGCGAAAUGAGCAGCUCGGGAAAGUUCCGGUCACCCUUGUCCCCAUACUUCGAGGCGCUUUACCCAUGUACGUCGCAGCCUCUGGACUUUUCGAAUCGCCGUCAUGUGGCCUCGUCCGUGGUAUCCGCGCCAAAGAGAAUACGGAUGCCCAGAUUGAGUGGCUGGGAAGACGUCCUUACCCCCUGAUCCCGCAGCAUGGCCAUAUCGUCCUGCUGGACACGGUGAUUGCAACUGGUGGCACCAUCCUCAGUAUCUGCAAUGAGCUCCUGGGUCUGAGCGGCCCGCGUGAGAGAUACAUCACCGUGUUAUCCUGUUAUGUUUCGCCGAUCGGCCUCAGAGCUGUGGCCGAGCAUCCUCUGAUCCGCGAAGUCGUCGUGGCAGCAAGGGCGGAGAGCGUCGAUGAAAAUGGUUACGUUGUGCCAUACCCUGGAGACGUCGGGGACAAGCUUUUCGGGAAGGCGGUAUCUAGUUAAUACAGCUUCAGGGAUCAUCAGCCGGCUUUACACUGGAGAACCUCGAGUUCGACAUAUUGCAGUGUUCGUUUAACCCCAUAGCACAGAUAUCGUCUGGGUAGAGGAAGAAUAUUUCGGUACAACUAGACUAGUGUGCUAUUCUUGACAUUAGGCACCGCUCUGGGAAGGGUAUUUAAACGAGCCUACUUCUUUCAAUGAAUUUUUGGAAACUCGCCAAUUCUAUCUUUUAGCAAUAAGCAAAAACCCGGCCUCACAACCACCCCCCGUCACGACCACCCCUCCUGCCUACUAAUUACCCAACUUCUAAAGCGAUUUUCUUAACGAAUACGUUAUUUACGAUGCUUUUUUUAAUAUUUUUAAUUAAAUCUAUUAUUUUUAACC